UGGUCAAUUGUCAAAAACAUAAACAUAAUAAAUAUAAUAAUGUUUGACAUUGUUUUUAAUAUAAUGUAAAUAAUACAUGAAAUAUAAUGAGAAAUUGAAAAAAGUGAAUAUUAUUAAUUAAGAAGUCUGUUAAAAAUGGAUGAGGAAAGACAAAAUGAAGCUGCGGUUCGGGGGCUCCACCGGCACAGGAGUCCUACAUUUAGCAAGGAAGAAGUGAAGGCGUUGUUUAAUAUAGCCGACAAAUAUAAGACUAUAAUUUUUAACAAAUCAACAACUGCUGUUGCUUGCCGUGCGAGAGAGGUGGCUUGGAUGAAAAUAGCUAAGGAAUUUAAUAGGCAAUCGAUCUGUCACAAAAGGACGGCCGACUGUUUGAGGAUAAAAUGGGAUAAUAUGAAGAAGAGGGCAAGGAUGGCAAUGUCGAAGAAUUUAAUGGAUUUGGGACAAAAUGAGUUUGAUGAGAUGACCAGUCAGAUGGUAGCUAUGAUGUGCGAGGUGGAGAACAACGCAGGCAAUGUGGAAGACCCUGUGGAGUCUAGCGAAGACUUGAAUGUUUCAGAAAAUGAAAAUCCGAAAGAAUCAAAUGAUGGGCUCUGGGAUGACAAUGAAGACAAGGAUUCUAAUGAUUCUUCUAUUGAUGGUGGCAAUGAAAGGUUUGUAAGCAGGUCUAUAAACUUCUCGCCGGAUGAAUGCAACUUGUUACUGCAAUGUGUGAGGCAGGAGAAGAACAUUGUACUGUCAAAGUCAAACACAGCAGGCUUUAAUAAAAUGAGGAAUCGGGCUUGGGAACGGAUAUCAAGUUCAUACAAUAAACUGAGUCCGCAAAAACGUACCACGAAGGUGCUCCGAACCAAGUUUUUGAACAUGCGGAAAAUGGUAAAAAGUAAUAAUAUCAAAAACUAUUUCAAGGAAUUUGCGAAGAAAAGACAGAAUUUUGAAGAAUCUAGUAGUAAAAUAAAGUCGGAGCCAAUAUUUGAGUGUCAGAGCAGCCCGGAGGCUGUGAACGACAGUGACCUGGAUGACCAGAUAGAAGCGGACAAUAAGUCCACCACCAGUGAUGCUGAUAUCAACACCACUAUGGAUCCACUCAGCACUGUAUUAAAUACCGACUUAGGUUUAAGUUCCAUUAGUCAAUUUGAAAAUAAGGAAGUAGUGAAAUUAAAAUUAGAAUUAUUGAAUUACAAACUAGAAACUGCCAAGUUAAAGAGAAAAAGAUUAGAGGAUUUAAUCCAAGCGGAUGCGGCUGAACGCGAGUCGAAAGCUAAAGAGAGUGCUUUGAGGUUGAGGGCAGCAAGGCUAGAAGCUGUUGCAGCAGAAAUGAAAUUCCCUCCUUCUCAUCCCGCUCUCUCGUAUACAGCCGAAGAAACAAGGGCACAACACUACCUACACCAGUACCACACUAGUUGAAAGUGUUGCCAGUGAUAAAUAUUGUUAAAAACGCAAAUAUGAUCCAUCUAACCUGGACUAACAGUGAUAUUUAAGUGAAUAUUAUGUUGAACUGAAAUAAUAAUUAAUAGAAAAAUAUAUUUAUAAAUAUUAUUCUCAAAAGCCAUGAGGUUAGUUUAAUAAGACAAUAUUGAAUUGAAUAAACGAUUUUAUAAUAUU